UAUCACUUUGUUAACAGUGUUACCAACAUCUUCCUAGUCAACCUAUCAGCGGCAGAUCUUCUAGUAACAGGAGUUUGUAUGCCGAUCCAGCUCAGCAAGGCCAUCACUCUCGUAUGGUUUUACGGAGAGACGGUCUGCAAAAUUGUCAACUACAUACAAGGAGUAGCUGUGGCUGCCAGUGUGUUCACGUUGACAGCAAUGUCGGUGGAUCGCUGGCUAUCUAUAGCACCAGAACCACGUCUCCGACCGCCAGGGCGUCGUCAGGCGUUGAUGCUGCUAGCCCUUCUGUGGAUUGCAGCAUUGCUCAUCUUCAUACCGCUGUUAAUAGUAGCGUGCGUGAGGAAGGAAUCCGUGCCUGUUAUAUCUAAGGCUUAUAAGAAUAUUUCGAUAGAAACUAAGGACGUACAUUUCUGUACAGAAGAAUGGCCGAGUCAAGAAACUCGCAAGCAGUUCGGAACUUUCAGCUUCACUUUAGUGUAUGCAAUACCUGGUUCAAUCACGAUCCUGUCAUACGCUUGUAUGGGUCGUACUUUGUGCUCUGUACGGCCACCAUUUGACAUCGACGAAGGCAAUGUCAGCAUGCAGCAGGGUUUAAGGCUGAUGAAAGAGCGGAAGAGAGUAGCGUGGAUUCUUCUUCUAUUGGCUGUUCUUUUCGCUUUGUGCUGGCUACCGUACAACAUCAUGCAACUCCUGCUAGAUAUAAACGCUGUCAACCCGAAGGACUUGAGCAUGUAUCUGCCUUACGCUCUAUUUGUUGGUCACGCAAACUCCGCUAUUAAUCCAAUCGUCUACUGCUUGAUGACGAGGAAUUUUCAACGUUCGGUACACAAGCUGCUUUGUGGUCGAGCGAUGUGUCAACAAACCAAGUUCACGUGGAGAUGUACGCAGAAGCCUGAUGGUUCUUCGAGUGAUUAUGAACUUUAUCAUGAACCGCAUAAGAGAUGUUACCUACAAAUGAACACACUUCGUCAUAAUGGCCAUUCACACGGGAUGCAAGUCGCUCGAGGUAUCGAAACGCGUGCUACGACACAGUUAAGUCACGUGACUCGGUCCUCGAGACGCACUGCGCCGGCGCACGCACUCUCCGUGGAGAUGUUGCAGCGACACGGACACAUUGAUUAUAAGCGUUAA